AUGUCAUUUGUAUAUCCUGGAAUCAAUAAAACAUUCGAAAAUUUUGUUCAUGAUUUAUUAAAAAUCAAUUUUAAAGAUUUUGAUAAACCUGCAAAAAAUGAUCAUGAAAAAAGACUCAAAGGCAAAGUUUUUGAAUAUUUUCUUUAUGAACUAGCAAGUCAUAAUGGAAUGAUCAUUGAAAUGAACCAAACUUUCAUUUCUUUUUCUAAAGAAAUUUAUAAAAAAUUAUCUGAUGGAUGUGCAGAUCUUCAUGAACAAGAAAAAAAUAAAUGUUUAGAAUAUGAAAUAGAAAAUAGAAUAUUGAAAAAAUACAAUGAAAAAUUAGAAAACAUCAAUAAAGAAUUAGAAAAAGAAAUUAGAGAAAUUAGAAAAGAAAUUGAAGAAAAUAACAGAAAAUUUGAUGAUAUUAAAAAUCAAAAUAAUUUAAUUCUAGAAAUUUUAACUAAAAAAUAA